GUCAUGCCAUUUAAAUACGAUUACUACAAAUGCACUCGAAUGGUGUCGGUUCUGGUCAAAUGUGCUAUGGCUAGCAUCUAUCUGUGGGUGAUGCUCCAAGCUGCUGCCGUUAUACCAUGCGUCGAAGUACCCCAAGAGAAGAAUUACUGGAUUUAUCGAGAGAGGCUCUCCAUGAGCUACAGCAUCGUCGAUAGUAUAAAAGAGGUACUAAUUUACUUUCUGGUGUUCUGGAUGAUGUUUAAUUUGUACAGUCGUUGCCGCUGUAAUUUCCUGGGAAGCCGAUGCAUCAGCCAAACCAAGAACAUUCCAAAUUCGAAAAGCGGCCUCUUUAUGUUUAUGCACCCUUUCAUGUUGUUUUUCAUUUUCUUGUGGAUAAUAUCCAUGUGGUAUGUGCUUGGUAAAUACUCGGUAGUGAUCGAUUACACCACGAAGAACGGCUCCUAUACGUUACUUUACCAAUUUAUAAUGACCGUGAUGUUUAAGAUGCUCGUUUUGACUAACUUUUGCUCCACUUACUGGCGCAUUUUGGCGACCCUAAACCUUUUCGAGGAGGAAGCUAAAGAGAAUGAAUUGCUGAUAAACGACCAUGAUUUCGGAGAGCAUUUGAAUAUAUUAUUUUUUUCUUAA